AUGCGCGCGGGAUGCCACAUUAAAUUGUCGCGGGAGAUUAUGAUGAAAAGAGCGGUGAUUAACGUACAGUCUAAAGACAAUGCGUGUUUCGCGUGGGCAGUGGUCGCCGCUCUAUAUCCCGCAGAAAGAAAGGUGGAACGAGAAUCAUCGUACCCGCAUUACGCGACAGUGCUGAAUCUCCUAGAUAUUGAGUUUCCUGUAACUUUAAAUCAAAUUAAAAAGUUUGAACUCGCAAACAAUAUCUCGAUCAACGUGUACGGCAUCGAAGACAAGAACAGUAUUGUCUCGAUAUGUCUUUCGGAGCAAAAGCGAGAUAAGCAUGUGAAUCUGCUAUACGUGGAAGACGGCAACGGCGUCGGACAUUUCGCGUGGAUAAAAAAUUUAUCCAGGCUCGUGAGCUCGCAACUGAGCAAACACACCGGUGAAAGAUAUAUCUGCGAUCGAUGCCUGCAUUAUUUUAGUUCAGACGUCAAGUUGCAGUUACAUGCCGUCGACUGCGGGGAGAUGAACGACUGCGCUAUCCGGUUGCCGAGCGAUAAGGACAAGUGGCUCGAGUUCAACAAUUACAAUAGGAAAGAGCGGCUUCCAUUCGUCGUGUAUGCCGAUCUGGAAUGCGUUCUGACCAAAACGGAGGAAGAACAACAAAAAUUGUAUCAACAUCACCAAACUAAAAAUCUGAACGCACCCGGGGACCGUGUAAUUGGCGCCAAAAACAACACGUCAAAUAUCAACACAUCUAAUCUUGAAGAUGGAUCAUCGUCGCCAAGUAAUUGUAGCGUUAGCUGUGACUAUUAG